UUCAGUGAAAAAGUUUGGACACCCCUAAUAUCGUACAAUAAUUUGUCCUUUCCCACCUGGCAACCCUCAUCACCACCACCUGUCUACUGCGGGACGACUGGAGCCACAAAACAGGAAGGCGCACCAAUGGAGUGGUUCCAUUGUAACCGCUGUUUCACCAAGACAGGAUCCAAGUUUGCAGUGGCCAGCUGUGGCCACAUUUGCUGUGAAGCUUGCAUCAAAUCUAAGCAGUGCGUCAUAUGUGGAACCAGCUGCAGUUAUCUGCCCAUCACGGAUCAGAUGAAGCCACAUGAAAAAGUGUUUUUCAGCGAUCCCGUGACACACUUUCAAUCACGGCUUAACAGCAUAACCAAGAUUGCAAAUUUUCAGCGGACACAAUCGGAGAGAGCCACGGCGUACUACAAGCACAAGUCAAUGGAACUGGAGAAUCGCCUUAAAGAAGUCACUCAGGAGACUUACAGGCAACUGGCCGAGAUGAAAAUGGAGAACGGCAAUUUAAAAAUGCAAAACAUGGAGCUGAGAAGAGAGAUGGAGGAGUUGAAAAAACCUCUGUCGCAGAGGAGGGUUUCUCCGGGACAAUUUCACACAAGCGGUGUUCAAAGGGUGACUCUCCCUGUGGCCAUCACUCCUCCAGUUAACACAGAUUACAGAAGUGGGAGUCAAUUCGGUUCAGCACAGUCCAGAGAGUGGAUCAGAGACAGAGGCGUUGGUCUUUCUGCUCGCAGUACGCCACAAUCAGCACCUUCUCGUUUUAGCCUCAGCUCUCUGCUCCAACAUGGACACAGGACACCAAGUUCUCUCAGUCCGCCUUCAAGGGUCUUCUCCUGGCGUCCGGUGAUGUAGACGGUUGCUCCCGCCUCGCAAAGCUGCAGGGCUAUUCCCUUGCCGAUCCCUCUGGAGGCGCCUGUGAUCAGACACACCCAGCCGGACAGAGACAUGUUUCCUGCGGACGCAGGAGACAACAUCAAGGAUGAGUCCAAUCCAACACUUUUUUUUUUUUUUUUUCAAACUAAAAGCACACCUUGUAAUGUUUACAAGAAGACAACCGGAAUAAGCUAACCACAAACCUUCGGCAGUAGCACUAUCAAAGUUCAAAUGUUUGAUUGAUUUCCAAUCGUUCACUCUUAACCUUGCGAAGGAAUUAAAUGCGAUACGGUUUCCUGCAUCACUAAUUUAUCUCUAUAAAAUGUU